AUGGCGACCACGGGGGAAAUACUUGUUUCGACGGUUCAGCGAUUGUUGAAAGAGGCGGGGCUACCUACUGAGCUUGUUGGCCAUUUGAAGUCUAGUUCGAAUCGUGUGAUAGGAAGCGGGCCCGUUAUACCGAGUUCAUUUGCCAUCGGGGCUAUGGCGCAGGCUACCGUAGCUGCGUCCGCACUCGCAGCUGUUCAUUUUCUACGUGCGAGGGGUGGUCCGGCACAGGAUGUGUCAGUGGACGAACGACAUGCGGUUUUGGAGUUCCUUAGUCAAGCUUGGUUUCUAGUGGAUGGAAAGCCUCCAAGCGGGGCAUGGGACUCGAUUGCAGGUGCUUAUCAGACGAAGGAUGAAGGGUAUGUUAGAAUUCAUACAAACUUUCCACAUCAUCGUCAAGGGAUCCUUGACCUUCUCUACCACAUCUCCCAUGCGGCACCAUCUUCGACGACAAGGCAAUCCGUCCAAUCUUCCAUUCUUUCCACAAAUCUAUCGUCCUUUGAAUUUGAACAAAUAGCCACUAAUAGAGGUCUUUGUGUCGCUGCUUUAAGGUCGUUUGAAGAAUGGGAUGAAACUCCUCAGGGCAGGGCAUUGAAGGGGGUUCCAGCUGUGAAUGUUAUCAGAAUUGGUGAUGGGUUGCGGGAGAGGCAGAAUUCGAAGAGGGAUAAGAGCGUUCCAAAGAGACCUCUUGAGGGCAUUAGGGUUUUGGAACUGACGCGAGUGCUUGCAGGUCCAGUGGCAGGAAGAACAUUGGCAGCUCACGGCGCCGACGUUCUUUGGAUAACAUCCCCUAACCUUCCCGACCUUCCCAUUGUCGAUCGGGACACUUCUCGAGGGAAACGGACGACUCAACUCGACCUCACCCAACCUCAAGAUCGCGAGAAACUCGAGGAGUUAAUUAAAGAGACUGAUGUGUUUUUGCAGUCGUAUCGCCCGGAAGCAUUGGAAGCGAAAGGGUUUGGACCUCAGAGACUGAUGGAGAUAAAACCUGGUAUUAUCAUAGCUAAUUUACGAGCCUAUGGAUGGGACGGACCAUGGCGAGAUCGGCGGGGGUUCGACUCGCUCGUACAAACAGCUACAGGUUUCAAUGUCGCUGAAGCAGAAUCGUACAACCAAUCGCCAAGCGUUGAGGAAGGAGAUUCGCCCUUACGUUUGAGACCGUUUCCGGUGCAGUGCUUGGAUCAUGCAGCUGGACAGUUGCUUACAUUGGGGAUUAUAUCUGCGCUUGAUAAAACGUGGAAGGAAGGGGGGUCUUAUGAAGUUCGGGUGUCGCUAGCUGGGACCGGAAACUUGCUACGUUCCCUACCACGUCUACCCCCCGAAAUUGGAUUCGGACCAUACGCACAACCUAUUUCUGAAGCAACUUCACAGGAAAUCCAAGAUCUAUCUUAUACCGUUGCUUCCACGCUGGAAUCGGGUGACACGGCUGCUGGUACUGCGGAGACGCCCGGGUCCCCUGGGAGUAAGGGGAGAAAGAUGACAGCAUUGAGACAUGCUGCGGUAUUAUCUGAGACACCCGUGAGGCUUGGGAUCUCGCCUGGAGGGUUAGAUGUGCACCAGCCUGUUUGGUUACCCCGUGGAAAAAGCGAUGAUUGAGCAGUAGAAAAGACAUUACAGAUGGAGACUAGCCUCCAAGUACUAUACUUCUGUCCGGUCGACGGGUAGAGCCAAACUUGGCCCCAGAAGCUUGUUCGAAAGGCUUCGAGAUAGAGAUCGCGAGCCUCGGAAUGUCUGAUUAGUGGCGGGCAGGUCACGAGCGUUGCAGCACAUAAUGGUGAAGUUAAUGUCAACUGGUAGAAUGAUGCACUGUCACGCUAGCACGUUGGCCCAGUUACGGUAUCAAUAUUUGCACCGUGUAGCUCGUUCG